CUGCUCAGGUGUGGUGUCUGAGCCUGGCACCAAGGAGGUGCUCAGUAAGGGCAAGGAUGGACAGGGCAUUCUUCAGGCAGGAUAUCCUGCACCAGACAGAAGUCCUGCAUCAGACAGGGUAUCUUCCAUUACACAGGGUAUCCUGCAUCAGGGUGUCCUCCCUCAGACAGGUUAUCCUCCCUCAGACAGGGUGUCCUCCAUCAGACAGGGUGUCCUCCAUCAGACAGGGUGUCCUCCAUCAGACAGGGUGUCCUCCGUCAGACAGGGUGUCCUCCAUCAGACAGGGUGUCCUCCGUCAGACAGGGUGUCCUCCGUCAGACAGGGUGUCCUCCAUCAGACAGGGUGUCCUCCGUCAGACAGGUUAUCCUCCCUCAGACAGGGUGUCCUCCAUCAGACAGGGUAUCCUGCAUCAGACAGGGUGUCCUCCAUCAGACAGGGUGUCCUCCAUCAGACAGGGUGUCCUCCCUCAGACAGGUUAUCCUCCCUCAGACAGGGUGUCCUCCAUCAGACAGGGUGUCCUCCAUCAGACAGGGUGUCCUCCAUCAGACAGGGUGUCCUCCGUCAGACAGGGUGUCCUCCGUCAGACAGGGUGUCCUCCGUCAGACAGGGUGUCCUCCAUCAGACAGGGUGUCCUCCGUCAGACAGGUUAUCCUCCCUCAGACAGGGUGUCCUCCAUCAGACAGGGUAUCCUGCAUCAGACAGGGUGUCCUCCAUCAGACAGGGUAUCCUCCGUCAGACAGGGUGUCCUCAUUCAGACAGGGUGUCCUCCAUCAGACAGGGUGUCCUCCAUCAGACAGGGUGUCCUCCAUCAGACAGGGUGUCCUCAUUCAGACAGGGUGUCCUCCAUCAGACAGGGUGUCCUCCAUCAGACAGGGUGUCCUCAUUCAGACAGGGUGUCCUCCAUCAGACAGGGUAUCCUCCAUCAGACAGGGUGUCCUCAUUCAGACAGGGUGUCCUCCAUCAGACAGGGUGUCCUCAUUCAGACAGGGUAUCCUGCAUUAGUCAGGGUGUCCUCCGUCAGUCAGGGUAUCGUCCAUCAGACAGGGUGUCCUCCAUCAGACAGGGUGUCCUCCCUCAGACAGGUUAUCCUCCCUCAGACAGGGUGUCCUCCAUCAGACAGGGUGUCCUCCAUCAGACAGGGUAUCCUGCAUCAGUCAGGGUAUCCUCCGUCAGACAGGGUGUCCUCCGUCAGACAGGGUGUCCUCCGUCAGACAGGGUAUCCUCCGUCAGACAGGGUGUCCUGCAUCAGUCAGGGUGUUCUGCAUCAGUCAGGGUGUCCUGCAUCAGUCAGCGUAUGCACACUGGACCCAGAAAGGGAGUGGUCCCUUCUGCAGCACUUCUGAGUUACAGGGAGCACCAGUCUCCUGCAGUGAGCCUUUGGGGAGGCUGGACUCCGCACUGAUGAAUUUGUGUCAACAAGGGAGACCAACAGAUAAUGCCAGCCUGGCUUAAGGCAGGGCCUUCCCUUCACAGCUUUGUGGAACCCCUGGGUGGAUGGUAUAGGAUCUGAGUAAGUUGGGGGCUAAAGUGGGACCAGGCUGGACCUCUGUGCCCUUGAGCAUGGCUUUCUUGUC